AUGGUUGAGAGAGAGAGGGAGGAAGGGGAAGAAGAAGGGGAAAUACCAGGGUGUGCUCCAAUGGUUGUUGCGAUGGGAGAAAUAGAGAGAAAAAACGCUGCCCUUGGGGAGAUCGGUUGUACCGUCGCCAGUGAGGAGGUGGUCGUACCGUCACCGAUAGAGUUGCAUUGGUGGAAUUCGGCUGCAAUUGUUCAAGACCCAUUUGGUGCCCUCUCUUCCUGGAAUCAUUCACUCCACUACUGCCAUUGGAACGACAUUUUGUGUAGUCAUUGCCAACAUCCUGAUAGAGUCAUUGGGAUAACUCUAAUGUCCCAAGGCCUGGUUGGAUUGCUUUCACCUCAUGUUCCAUCUGGCCUUUACAAGAUCUCCUCCAUCAUUGCAUUAUCAGUAGCCAUUAACCAUCUUGAAGGAAAUAUUCCUCAUGAUAUAGGAUCCACACUUCCUAAUCUCAAAGGUUCAUUGCCUGACUCCAUAGCUAAUCUCUUCACAUAUCUUAGCUGGAUAGAUUUGAGGUUUAAUCAAAUACAUGGAAGCAUUCCUUCAGGCAUUGGGAACCUCCUCAACCUCACUCAGUUAUCUAUGGCAGUGAACAAUCUUGUCGGCCCUAUUCCAUCAUCUAUCGACAGACUUCAUAAGCUGUGUACUCUGUUCUUAGAGCAGAACAAGUUCACAGAACUUCCAUCUUCGAUUGGUAAUUUGACUUCGUUGAUUACUCUCAACUUGGGAGAAAACGACAUCCAUGGAAGCAUACCUCCGAGUUUGGGCAAUUGUCAUAACUUGUUGGAAUUACACCUUUACAACAAUAAUCUCAAUGGUUCAAUACCCCCUGAAAUUAUGAGUCUCUCGUCCAUUUCAAAAUUCCGCUGGUUAGGUCACAAUGCACUAACUGGUUCCCUACCAUCAGAAGUUGGGUAUUUGAAAAAUUUUGCAAACAUGAAUGUGUCUUAUAAUAAAUUAUCAGGACCCAUACCAAACACUCUAAGCAAUUGUUUUAGUCUGGAAUGGCUUCACUUGGAGGCUAAUUCAUUUGAGGGAGAGAUACCUCAAAGCUUGAAACUGAUGAGGGGCUUAAGAGUAUUGGAUCUUUCGCACAACAAUUUGUCGGGGCUGAUCCCAAGUUAUCUAGGUUAG